AUGCAGGGCGAAAGCGGCAUUUUGGACGGCAAGCAGUCAUGGCUGCGACCCGGAUCGAAGCACCGUCUCGGCCACACAUCUGCCGAAAGCGAUGCCGCACGGCGCAUGCAGUACAUCAACCGUGAAAGCGUCUCGCGCAAGCACCUCCUCCUUGGCGUCGCAGAAUUCAUCCCGGAGAAACCAUUCACUCAUUCACUAUCAUUGCGGCAGGAACCCCUUCUUCGCUCGUCAGCCACGCAACGCCAUAUGGGCGCCAGCGCCAGGGAGACACGAUUGCACGCGAACAGAGCGCCGAAUUCACCGUUCAAGGUCGUUGACAAGCUCACUCCCUGGCUUCGAAAACGCAACAUCACCGACACUGGUCUGGCUCCACUGUAUCCUUGCAUUGGUCCGGAAGAUCCCAUAAUCUUCAGUCGGAGCAUUCGCCUCAUGCUUUCCCCGCUGAGAAAGACACAUCACGACUUUUUCAACGAGAAGACCAAGACCAUCCUCCAGAGGCUCACAGCCUAG